AUGAUUGACGGGCAGCAGAAGUUUCACGAAAAAACCGUUGAUAACGGCCAUAACAACCUACUCGAAUUAGAAGAAGAAACGGAGGUUAACGCAGUUACCGUACCCAUCAAACUGCCCACAUACGGAGUACGCGAUCCUAAUGUUUGGUUUAUGCAAGUUGAGGCCGUUUUCGUCACUCGCGGUAUCAAGGGGAACGUACUCGCUAUGCUUAUGUCGUGCGGUCCCUUCCUUUUGACGUAG